UUCGGCGCCCGUCGCAUGAAAACAACACUUAAGCGUGCGGGAUAUCAAAGAAGAAUUACUCCUGCUUUGCUUUCCCUUCAAUUUGAGUCGAUAAAAUGUUAGUCAAGGCUGUAAGCUAACCAACCUCAGUCCAAACACGGUCUAAAGAGCCGAGCGACCUCGAAAACUGUCCGCUGUGGAUAUUUAAAAGAGCGCCAGCUACCGCGGACCAAAUACCUGUUUUUAUUUAUUUUCUGUAAAUAUGAUGGAGGAUUUCUCUGGAUUGGCUCUUCCCCCUCUUUUUGGAGGACACAUCCUAGAGGCAGAGCUGGAACCUGGUGGUGUGGAGCUGGGACCAGGAGAGGUGGAGCUGGGCCCAGGCAGCAAUGAACUUCUGGAGAGCACAGCACAAGAAGAUGAAGAGCAAAGAGCUCUGGAUAAGAGGAAAUAUCUGGCUCUGAACAGGAGAUGCAAAGAAAUUGAACAGGUGAACCAGAAGAUUCUUAGUCGACUUCAUCAAGUACAAAGAAUUACGCGACGCUUAAAGAAAGAAAGGCGGUUUCUCAUGAAGACUUUGGAUGCUCAUGGGGAUGACUACAGAAACACCCAACUAACAAUACUUCUAGAGGAAGAGUCAGGGGCAAAUUUAGAUCCUGCAGCUGGAGUUGUGGACGAAAGGCUAAAUGGUGUGUCAGUUUCAGCUUCAUCUGCAUCUUUGCAUCACGCUGUUGGACCAAAGAAGAGGAGGCACAGAAUUCAACGACAAGACAAAGAUAAGGAUCAACCUGAACCCGACCUGUCAGUGUUGGCAGAGACACAGUUUGGAGAAAUGCCCAGCCCCACCUCCCUGUCUCACUGACGGCUGCACUGCCCUGGGUCAGAUGAUGAUAACAGAGCACCCAGAUUCUUAAACCGCUCAACAGAUGUAACCUCCUCUGUUUAGCCAGGGAUGCGUUGUGUGCAAUUUUACUUGAAUGUUGUGAGCUGACUAAUUGAACUUUUGGUCCAUUUGUACAUUUUUUGUAGCUUUCAUUUUCUCAUAUCAUGUUUUGCGUGAACAAAAUAUAAUUCUGAGUAAUAAACUUUUUGUGUUCA